AUGACAACAGCAGGAGCAGGCUCGUACUCAAACCCGUUGAAGAAGUUCAAGUUGGUGUUUUUAGGAGAGCAGUCGGUUGGAAAGACAUCAUUGAUUACUCGGUUUAUGUACGACUCGUUUGACAACAUGUACCAGGCCACCAUCGGGAUAGACUUUCUUUCAAAAACAAUGUACCUUGAAGAUCGAACGGUGCGAUUACAGCUUUGGGAUACUGCUGGGCAGGAGCGAUUCCGGUCCUUGAUUCCUUCCUACAUCCGGGACUCUAGUGUUGCUGUUGUGGUGUACGAUAUCACGAACCGUGCCUCUUUUGUCAAUACCUCUAAAUGGGUCGAUGAUGUUCGUGAGGAGGGUGAGAAGAAAGCCAAGGAGUUUAAAGUUAUGUUUAUCGAGACUAGUGCGAAAGCCGGGCACAACGUCAAGACUCUUUUCAGGAGAAUUGCACAGGCAUUACCGGGUAUGGAGGGCAGCGUUGGUGGUGAACAGGAUAAUGGUGUAAUGAUCAACAUCGAUAUGAAGGGUGCCGAAGCUGGAAACCAGGAUAGCCAGUGCAAUUGCUGA